AUGAAUGCAGCCUUAAUCAGGCGAUCCCUUAAUUUUUCAUCUGUGCCUCCUUCAACGUCCUCCAUGAUGAAAUACCUGAUCGGAAUUUCUCUUCUGAUAUGUUGUUUGGCUGUGGCACCUAUCGUGUGGGCCCAAAACAUGAGUGCCAUCGAAAUGUUGUACAAACUCACCUAUCACAGAGAAAAGAGAGACAGCUAUUAUCAAGUCUAUCUGGAUUAUGUGGCACAAAAAGAAGAAAUUGAAAGGUCCAAAGUUAAACUUAAAAUCAAUAUCACAGUGGAAGCAAUUGAAACCAGUUAUAUGGAUCUUCCAAAAUUGAGGAUACCUCUUGCUCAAUAUCAACUCAUGCUGGCCAACAAAAACAAACAAUAUCAAAAACUCAUGGAAGUGGAGCAAGAAUUGAAUAGCUUGAUUGAACUCACAGACAUUGGCUUUUUGAAAACACAAGAUAUUUUGAGCGACUUCUCCUAUAACAUCUCCGAUAUUCUCUAUACGCCUGAGAAGUGGCAAAUGAACCCUUACAGAAAAGUUCAAACAGGUCUCAACAUGACCAUGACUUCGGGUUACCUUCCCAAUCACGCAACUGCCCAUAAAGUAGCAAGAAUAAGAAACAGAAUUUCUGCAGGUAUAAAACACGGCCUCCUGCUUCAUCAAAAUGGCUUGGUGUAUUCAUGGGGAGCCGACACAGGUGGUAGUUUGGGAAGACCUGACUCCUCGACAAGAGGAUAUCCCUUAAUGUCUAUACCUGUAGAUUUACCAAAGAACUUGACCGUUUUACAGCUUGUCUCAUCCUAUUAUUCAAAUCUUGUACUAGCCGGAGAUGCUUUGUAUUCAUGGGGACAAAACACUAACGGAGAAGUUGGUGAUGGUACAGUGUUGGCAAGGAGUAAGCCCUUCAAAGUGUUUUCAUGGGAUUUGCAAGGUCCAAAGAAAAUUGAACAGAUAGCUGCAGGUGCAUACACGUUCUUUGCAGUUGACGAACGAGGAAAGAUGUAUGCAUGGGGAAAGAAUGAUAGAGGACAACUCGGAGACAGAACUCUUAUUCAAAAACCUAGACCUGUAGAUAUUUACAUGAAGGGUGCCAUGCUUAACCGAACAAUUGUUCGGGUGUGUGCAGGUGAUUCACAUACACUUGUUCUUUCUGAUAAUAACAGGUUGUUUUCCUUUGGAGAUAACACAUAUGGUCAAUUGGGAAUUGGAGAAUCAUCUACUAAAGUACCAUAUGUAAUGGAGCCAGUUCCAGUAGUAAUGAAUCGCUCUUUGGAAAAUAAGACUAUUGUGGAUAUUCAGUGCGGAGCGAAUCAUAAUUUGGUACUGACAUCAGAAGGAAAGGUAUAUGCAUGGGGACAAGGUGCAAACGGAGCCUUGGGAACAGGUAAUACCAACAACCAAUUAGAACCUGUAGCCAUUACUGUAAUACCAGCAGCAACCAAAGGAAGCAUUGUGGUGAAAAUAUUUACAAGGCAUGCAGUUUCGUUUGCGCUUUCCAAUACUUCACAAAUUUACAGCUGGGGAUCUAACCAAUACGGACAGUUAGGACUUGGUUCUACAACCACUCCAAUUUCAUCCCCCACAAAAAUUGCGGACAACACCACAAUCAACGUGUUAGAAUUCGCUGCAUUUGAAAAAGCCUCAGUAUUUUUAACAAAUAACGGAGCCUUAAUGGGAGCAGGUACCAAUGCCAACAAGGAGCUCUUUAAUAGUACCACCACUACUACCUUUGUCAGUGUUUACACAGGAAUGAGUACCUAUGGCUUUGCGAUGGAAAGAAGAAAAUAUCCAUUCUUCAAAGUUGGUGACGAGUCUUAUCAAUUUGUUGGUGACAACUUUUUACUCUUUCCCGACAAUGGUUUUUAUCUGUACAAGAAAAACUCAUCCUUUGACGAAUUUAAACUUGUGGAAUAUGUGAACAAUACAGGUAGAAUGUUCCAAGGCUCCAUUUACAAUACACACAUACUCAAAGUGAACGAUUACAUUUACAUGUACGGUGGAGUUGUCAACAACACCAUAUCUAAGGCUAUUUACAGAGCCUCAGUAAGCAACAUUGAAAAAGGUUGGGAGCUGACUCGUUUUACCCUUCCCUACACUGUAGCUUCAGGAAUGUCAUUGCUUGUUGACGAUUACUUUUAUAUUUUUGGAGGUGUUGUAAGCAUGAAUGACGGUGGCGAUGAUCCUGUUUUGUUGAUGAAUGUGACCUCAACAAUUUUACGUGCUCACGUUAUGUCUCCUCUCUCCUUCCAAGUGAUCAGCGAUAAACUUCCCGUUCCAAUCUACAGCGGAAUUAUUGGACGAUCUAAAGAUUAUUUAUUCAUUUUUGGAGGCCGUAAUUCAGAUGGUGAUCCUUACGCAGAUAUUUUAAGAGCUUCCUACUAUUCACCAACCAAGUUUGAAAACACGUAUUCUGUUCUACCUUAUCAAUUUGCUGAUGGUACAAUGGUUGUUACAGAAAACUGGAUUUACAUUUUUGGUGGAUUUUAUAGUGGAGAAUUCCCUUAUAACUCUGGAUUAUUCCAAAAUCAAAUAGUUGCAGCUCCUUCCGAUGAACCAGUUGGUUCAUGGAUCGUCACAGACUACACCAUCCCUAUCACAAUAACAUCUACUCCCGUUCUUGAGGAAGAUCAACUAUUCCUAUUUGGUAACGACAUUCGAAGAGAUUGUUUCGAUUCACUCAAAACGAGCAUCUAUCCGUUGAUCAUCUUGAUCCGUUCAUCAAAAGUAUUCUCUCUCAUUAACUUUAAUCGCCGAUUUAAUCAUCCGCAACAACAACAUCAUCAAAGAACUAACAAAACCUUCUCAUCCACAUUCAUCAUGAGACAAUAUCCUCUCGUGUGCGGAAACGUUAAAUGCAAAACCAAUCAAACUCCUCUGUGGCGCAAAGGUUGGACAACAAAGGAAGGAAAACCGGUCAUGCUCUGCAAUGCUUGUGGGUUACAUUACAAAAAGGGCCACUUUUGUGUGUAUUGCAAUCAAAUCUAUAAAGAAAGUGAUGCAGAUGAUAAGGAGCAACCAUGGAUCGGUUGUGAUAGUUGUCAUCGUUGGGUACAUCAAAAUUGUGAAAAGAGCAAUGGAUAUGAAAUUAAAUCCGGUGGUUAUUUAUGUCCAUGUUGUCGUGGUCAUCAGCAAGGCAACAAUGGAUCAAGCACCGUUCCUUCUAGCAUCACAGCUGCUGCGUUGAGUGCUGCUGCAAACAAACAUUACGAACCAAUAUUAAUGAAGCCAGGAAGCAAUUCUAAAUCAUCUUCUAGCAAUGACAACAAGAAGAGAAGAAGAAAACCAACAUUGGAGACAAGCGGUGCAAAGAAAGUGAAAGCUAACGCCAACAGCAAUAGUAGUAAUGGUAGUAGUAUUACUAGUAGUAACGGAGAUCAAAGUACAAACGGGAGUGGCAGUAAUAUCAACAUUACCCUUAGUAGCAAUAAUAAUCUCAAGCCAAGCUUGACGAUCGAUACCUCCAUAGCAUCAUCUUCAAAACAUGGCAAAGUCAUGUCGAACAAAUUACUCACACCAACAACCACAACAGGAAUGGCCUUAAGCCUUUCACCCUCAAGCACCACUCUGAACCGAUCGGCUGCUCCAUCCACCGGCACUGGUGAGAGUAUGAGAUCGUCCUCGUCCUCUUCAUCUCUCUUCGAAGUAGAUGCCUUUUAUAAGGAUUGUGAAUCUCAAAACCUCUCUGCCAAUGAUGCUUCUUCAAGAUUAUCCCAAAGUAGUGACGAUGAAUAUUCGUAUGAUAGUAGCAGUGACCUUAGUGGCGAUGACGAGGAUGACAACGACUAUGAUGACGAGGAUGACGAAGAUUAUGUUGAUCAAAGCGUAUCGAAGUCAAACAGAGCAUUAACUACCCGAAGAAACACUACUAAGGCUGCACCUAGUGUGACAAAGAUUAGCAGUGCAGUAACCUACAGAACCAAUGUUCAACAACCACCAGCCUUAUCAUCUGCAAUUCCAUUCAGUUGUGGCUCGGACUUUGUUGAUCAGCACACACGACAAGAAUUUAUCAUUUGGGAUCCAUUGAAUGAUAAGAAAAGCACAGUUGAGGUCACAUAUGAGGAUGUUGAAGAUGUCAUUGCUAAGAGCUUUGGCUAUUCCACUCUCCUCACCAGAAAGAUGCAAUCUCUCUCAGCAAUAUGCUCAUGCGAGCUGAACAAGAUGUAA